AUGUCAACGGCGCAACCUGAACCACCCAAUACCAUUGACAAGAGGUCGGAGCUGCGCAAAUUACGGGAUACCUAUAAACGCCUACAGACUUAUCUAGCCAUCUGCCGCCACGACCUGCAGGUACAGCAGAGAGAAAAAGAUAUCCAGGAGAGAAAGAGCCCGCCGUAUAGAAAACGGUGGAACGGCAGCACGAGAGAGUUGAGAGGGCUAGAUCAGCAGGAGGCCAAGAAAAAUUUAGACUUGGACGAAGUCGAGAAGAUCCUGAGGGCUCCCAUCAGGCAGGUGUCGAAGGCUUACCCUGAGACGCUUGAUAGGAAGAUCGCGUCAUACAAGAACCGCAUCAGACGGACUUCGGUGCAGUUACUCAUUGCCGCCGCCGCCGGUCACCAGUACCGGGAGAUCAACCUAGCGACCAGAGACGGGAAGCUCGUCCCCGGCAUCGACCCCACCGUCCCUCGCAAACACCGCGUCUUCGACAUGCGACGUACGUCUAGCUUGAGCUCCAACGAGGCCGCGGCCCGAGCCGUCAAGAAUUGGAUUAAUCAGUCAAGAGCUAGGCGCGUGCGUCCCGUCCCACCUACGGACAACGACGAUAGAAUGGAUAGGAGAGUUAGCUUGGAGGAAAGCAGUGGAGACAGCAGCGCAGAGGAGGCUGUGAUCGAUGCAGCAAUAGCUAUGAUGUCCCGGGCUCGGCCUGCUCAGGGCUCACGAGAUUGGGCUCACGACAUCAUGGCCCCCAUCGCCGAUGGCCGUCGCCCAGGCCUUAAAUCAGGCCUAGGAGCGCGGCCUGUAUCCGGGGGCGCCAGAAUCCCAUCCAGGACCCCAAAUGAACCAGCCGCGCCGGAUCCAGAAAGCUAUGAUCCCCGACGGUGGCGGCUGCCCGUUGACAUCACCGGUGCCCCCCGGUUAGACUCGAGCAAUUUCGAGCAGCCGAAAAGCCGAAACCUCACGGGGUGGAUGACCUGGACCGAGCAGGAAGGAGCAUACCCGACGACCGACUCAGUCCUACGCCCCAAGAAGCUCUCGGAUAAUGAGCUGUGGGAUCCGGAUCAGAGGGGCAUCCACGAGGAAAAAUGGGGGCGGGAGCCGCUGGAACCGGAUUUCGUCACCAAGCUAUCUAUCGAAAGGCGGUACGGCGCCGAAAGGCGGGAGCUUGACACGCCUCUGUAUUCCGGCUACUCGCAGGAUCUGACGAGCCUGCCCGCAAGAUCAAGCGAGGGGGAGAUGAGGGCUGGCCCUCUACCGGUGCCGCCGACGUUGCCUUUGAUGGGGCCUUCCGGUUUCGAGGUGUCACUUGCCGGGCGGGAGCCGCCGGGUACCCGAAGGCUGAAGUCGAAGAGGACCGUGGAAGACACGGGCGACGCCCCUCUGCCUGUCACUCAAUACCACUACCCCAUCGACUCCCCGGCAACCGCAGACUUCCGGCUCCCCGACCGUCGUCGUGUCGCCGAAGUCAUCAGGCCACCGACGCUGGACGAGUUCGGUCAAAUUCGCGGCAGCAGGAGCCUACAGGCGGAGGGCAAGAGGAUAGCGUCGGACCAGGCCAGCUACAGGCGGCCGUAUAACUACGACACCGUGCCAAACCCCCCGACACCAUAUUCACUACCGCUGGGCGCGCAAUAUCGUCCUUCCAACAGGGCCGGGAUUACAAGACCGGACUCGGCACGGGCGCCGCAUAACGUCACGUCGCCGGCGGCGCCAGAGCGUGUUGACGAGCCUCGAGAAGAGUCGCUCUUUGGAAAAGCGCCUGUGCUCUCUCCCUCGGCUGCAAAGAGAGACGACAGCUCGUAUAAUGAAUUCCAAUCUCUCCUGGACGAGAUCAAUGCGACCCCCGAAAAAUACGCUGCUGCUGUGGAUAAGCUGGGCCGUGAGGGUAUCGACCUGCGCCAAUUAGUGGAAGAGCGAGGCGGGGGGAAAGCGUCUAAGAAUGACAAAACGGUGAGAUUCAACCUCUAAGUCUAGUGCUGGAGACAGUUGGGCACAGUUGGCUUUUCUGCAAGCUGCGCAUAUAGACUACAUUCAACUUUCGGAGCACAUUUGUCCGGAGACUCGGGGGAGAUAGCUUGGGAUGUGGGCAUAGAUGUUCGCGUAACCGACAAGAGGGUGGUGUUGUUAUGUUGGUGUUAUAUCAAGGGCCGCAGGUCCUGGGUUUAUAAAUGAAUCCGGAUCAUACCGAAUACCUUUUUGGGGCAUCAUCAGCUGGAGGCCAUGUCCGACUGUCGCACUCUGCCCAUGUGUGUAAAAUAUACUACGUGAACGGAAUGGGACUGGGCAAUAUGCUCGUAAGCUUAUGUCCCAUAGAGUACUGCCUCCCCUUCCCUGCCGGGGGCUGCUCAAGUAGAAUGAACAGUACAAUUCAUCUGGGUACAUGUCAGCCCUUCUCGCCAGCUCUGUCAAUAGGUUGAGCCCCAAUUAGCCAACCAACACCCGAUGCCAGAGUUCCAACGGCAGCAUCUCUUAACUGAUC